UACACGCCGAGUUCCCCGCUCCUUCACUCACAUCAAAUGAAAACACCGAAGCAUUGUAAACGGAGCGGUCAUUGAAUGCUUGAAUGAGUUACCCAUGGAAACCAUCAAUGACUCUCAGAAAUGCAGCAUGUGAGUUUCCAGAUAAAAUGACCACUAGGAUUUCUUCUUGAAUUAUUUCCAUCACACCUGUGUUGCAGUAGGAUUGCAAUCCGCGGCGUAAAUACGAGGUGUGCCGGUGCGGUUUUUUACCUACCAUGAAAUUCAGCCAGAGGCACUAAUAUCAAACUGGUCUACGGCGGUAGGUGGUAAUACUACCGAAAAAACUACGCCAAGUGACCGUGUGUUGUUUCUGUUGCUUUGACUCUUCUACCUUUUUUGGAUUAUACUUUGGGAAAGAUAAUUUUUAUCUUUAACUAAUUCUACGCGAGAUGAAAGAUUAGGAUAAAAAUCUGUAUAAAGUGUCGGUACUUUUUUUAAUUUAUCGAUCAUUUUUCACUACGUAACUGAAAAUGAAUUGGUUACAUGCAAAGAAACUAGUGCUUUAGAAAUUUUUUCGGAAAUAUGACGUUUUUGCUAAUGUUGUGACUGAAAUAGGCAACUGUGCUAAUGUUAUUUUUAAAAUAGGCAACUGUGCUAUGGGUGCUGGGAUGGUUAAAGGUGGUUCCAUCCUUGAUAGUUUGCCUCCAAACCAACCUCUCCACGUUGUCAUGAUCGGCCUGGACUCUGCCGGUAAAACAACAGCCCUGUACCGAUUGAAAUUUGACCAGUACAUGAAUACUGUGCCCACCAUUGGUUUCAACUGUGAGAAAAUUAAAGGCACCACUGGUAAAGCCAAAGGAACGAGCUUUCUUGUCUGGGAUGUUGGCGGCCAAGACAAACUCAGGCCUCUCUGGAGGUCAUAUACUAGGUGUACAGAUGGAAUCGUCUUCGUUUUGGACAGUGUUGACAAAGAGAGGAUGGACGAGGCGCGAAUGGAACUGCUAAAAACUGUUCGAUGUCCAGAAAAUUCUGGAGUACCUAUUCUAGUCUUAGCAAAUAAACAGGACUUGCCGAAUGCAAUGGACCCAAAAGAGGUUGAAAAAGCACUUGGUUUACAUGAGCUAGGCCCGAACGUUCUGUGGCAUGUGCAACCUGCCUGCGCUAUCAUAGGAGAUGGUCUUGACGAAGGGUUAGAAGCCCUGUAUGAAAUGAUAUUAAAACGAAAAAGACUAGCUAAGUUAGCGAAAAAGAAAGGAAGAUAGGUUUCGUUCAUUUUAGGUUUCAUUUUACAAUUAAAAAAUUAUUUAUUUACUGUACAAUGUGUCAUCAAAACGAAAGGUAAAUAUGUGAAUAUUUUAUUGCGUUGUUAUAAUUUAAAAAUUCUAUUAUUUAGUUCUUGUCAUAUAAGUGUUUGGAAAAAUAUUGAUAAUUGCAAUUUCUGAUUCAAAAUAUUACUUAUUUGCUAACUGCUCUUAUUGUAUUGUUUAUUUUUAUUAUUAUUAAUAGCAAUACUUCUGCUUCGGAAAUACCGAUUUUAUCUGUUUAUCAUAUUUUUAACAAGGGCUACAACCAGUAAUAUGCUAAUUUGUAAAAGGAAAAUAUAUCAGAAUCUAGAUCAGUGAGAUUUGCAGGGAAUUUGAUCAAAUUUUUUAGUUCUCCUUUAUUUGGGAAAUUUAGCGUUUGUUUAUUUAUUAAUAAUUUAUUAUAAAUCUAAUUUCUGGCAAUCAAAUUAUUUUCAAUUCUAAUUCUUUUCUUCAUUACUAAAUAAACUUCUGUAGGUGAUUUUAAACAAAUUUUAUAUUCUUGCUCACUCCUUUAAUUAAUUAUAUAUUGCUUGCUUAUUUUAUGUUAAAUAUUUUAUUAUGACUAAUUUUUGGAGAUAUUUUUAUACUUGUACCAUUUCUAUUCAUAUUUUGUUUCGCUAAUAUGCUUGUAAGUCAAAAAUAUUUUAUUGUAUAUCAUUAAAUGAAUGAAUGUAGUAUUAUCUUGAAGUUACAAAUUAUUUUCUACUUACAAUGUUUGUGUUGUUUACAUAUAAAUUCUUAACUAUUUUAAGUAAGUGUUUCAUUUGAAUCCCUAACAUUUUCAUUUUAUUCAAUGUUAAGUUAUUUCAAUUAUCAAAAAGUUAUUUUUUUUUUUAAAAAUUGCAAUCAAAUUUGUGUAGAAUAUGAUAAAUGUGUUUUAAAAAUAAUUAAAAAGUAUAAAUUUUCUUAAAAAUUUUUUACAGAAAUUUGCCUAUGAUAAACAGUUGUAUAAUCUUGGAUACUUAAAAGAAAAAAUUUAGCUAGUAAAAUUCUUAGAAUUCAUUAGUAGCAUUUAUUAAAAUAGCUUAUCUAAAAGGAUCAUCUUUAUUAGUCAAUUAAUUUAAUGUAAUUUAUUCAAUUAAUAUAAUUUAUUUAAUUAACAUAAUUUAUAUAGGCUAACUUCGAUUUCAAAACACUAACUUGAUAAGUUAAGUAUAAUUGUUAACAUUCAUUAUAAAAAUUGAUAAAUGCCAAACAGAGUUAUAAAAUAAUUGUUAUAAUCAUAAUCUUUUUUUUUUAAUAUAUAUAAUGCAAAUUGAAUUUAGCCAUUUGGAAAAAAUCAGUAUCUUCUAUCAUUAAUUUCUUUAUUCUUCUUCUUCUUGGAGAAGUAUGUCUCAAAUAAUCAUUUGUUAAUUUUGCAAUAUUGCUUAUUUAUAUCAGCCAAUUAAUUAACCAUAAAUUGCAAAUGCAUGUUAAUAUUUUACGUUUUACUGUAAAUAACUGUCAGUAAACUGAAGGUUAACUACCUUUUAGUUUGUCUUUGUUAAACGACCGUGACCAAAAGCUUUCUAAAACACAUUUAAAAUAAUAAUUUAUGGCUAUAUUUCACGAAAUUGAGGAAAUUUUAUUAUUUACAUCUGAAUUUUUUUUUUCUUCUUCCUAACAAAAUUAAUAUCUUUUUGUGGGAAUCAGAAAGAAUGGUAUAUUAUGAAAGUGUGCGUCACGUAAAGUUGAUUAUUUAUUGCUUACUUUUUUCUUUUUUGCUUACGUGACGCAAAGCUUACUUGAGCAGAGGGGAACGAACAACACUCUUUAGAAUCCAUUUUUACCUGUCAAGGUCAAAGUCGUCAAUGUGCGAUCUCCUGUUCAAUAGGAUAAGCUACUAGACGCGGUGUUAUCUUUAGAUCGUAAAUCUUUCUUACAGAUAGUUUUUUAUAAACUUGUUUAUGAUAACACACAAUUUUUUAAGAUUUUCGCUAAUUAAAAUUAUUAUUUAUUUAAAUGUUCAAUAUUUUAAUUCGAAAGAGGCGGUCGCAUUACUAUUUGUGGAUUGUUAAUCUUUGUUAUUGUUAGUCUUUUGUAAAUUUGUUCCCUUGUUUUUAAAAAUGUUUUCACUAAUUAAAAAAAUUUUUUUGUCAGUGUUCAAUACGAAAGUUGGACGCGAUAUCAAUACUCUCUGUGGAUCGUUAAUCUUUGUUACCGAUAAUUUUUUGUUAACUUGUUUCUUAUCACGCAGCUUUUUUAAACUUUUAGCUAAGUAAAACUAUAUAUUUUUUUUUAAUGAAAAAUAAAUAAAUUAGACGUGGUCGCGUUGCUAUCUGUGGAUUGUAAAUCUUUGUUACUCCUAAGUUUUUUUUUGUUCAGUUAUUGUUGAUAACACUUUAAUUUUAGACAAUUUUCUUUAAAAAAAAAAUAAUUUUGCGGUUGCGUUACUAUCUGCGGAUCGUUAAUCUUUGUUACUCGUAGUUUUUCUAAACUUGUUUUUGGAUAAUACACAACUUUUUUAAAUUUUCGCUAGAUAAAAUAAAAGUUUUAUUUGGAUAUUCAAUAAGAAAACAUCAGGAUGCGGUCACGAUUCUAUAAGUGUAUCGUAAAUUUUUGUUUUCGAUAGUUUCUUGUAAACUUGUUUAAAAAGAUAACACGUUUUUUAUCUAUUUAUUUAUUAUUUUAAUUUUCUCUAAUUGGAGUUAUUAUUUUGAAUAUUUGUAUUGUUAGUCGCACAUUAUGAGCAAUUAAUCGCACAAACGACGAAAUUAUAUUGAAUUACACAAAAGAAAUGGGAAAACUGACAUUUUUUGUUCAUUUUAUUUUGUAGUGUUGUUUAAUUGCCAUUUAAGCUUAUUUACUUUCUAAAACAAUUUCCCGAUUAUUUACCAAGUUGCAUUUUUAUCAACAUCAAGCACUGACUUUUUUCCCCUAGAUAUUAUUCAUGCAUUUCAAUUUAUUAUUAUCAUUUUUUUUUCUCUAGUGUCCUUCCUUUUUAAGAAAUAAUAAUUGAUUAAAAGUUAAUUUUUUUCUAAUUGCAUAAUUUUUUUAAUUUUUCAGUGACAUAUAUUCCUCUGGAAUUUGGUUAUUAGUAAUACACAUUUUUUUUUAAAAAUGACUGAUGAUUAAUUUGUUAAAAUGUUUUUUAUUUGUUAGUUCUGUUUCAAAUAUUUUUUUUGUUUAAAUUGUACCUUGAUAAAAUAUUGAAUCUUUAAUUAAAUUCUGCGGAAAAAUAUCUUUAAAUCAACUUUUAUUUUGACAAACAUUCAUAAAAAAUACUUAUUUUUCCUAAGCAUAGUGCAACAAUACAUGUGCAGUAACAACUUUUUUCAUAUGUUAGCUAAUAAAUAGUUGAGAUCUGAGCAUAGCAAAGUAGGAAUUCAAAUGAAUAAUAAUAAGUUCUGAAACUUUUAUGUUUAAAAAGAAUCUCCUUAAAAAAUUUUAGAGAACAAAAUAUGCUAUUACAAUUUACUUUGAAUUCCAUUCUGGUUUGAUCAAUCUUAAAAAAUAAAUUAUUGACAAAAGUAAUAAGUAUAGCUAUUAAUAAAUUAAUACUAAAGAAUAAAAUAAAAUAAUUAAUAAAAUACUUUAGUUUUAAAUGUUUAGCCUUUUUUACUAAUUAUUGCUAUCGUUUAUCUGCUUUGAUCCGCAUAUUCUGAUGUGAAUAUGAAUUUUUAUAUAAAAGGAGUGUUUUUGAAUUCAUGUAGUAAUUUUCCAUGAAAGAUCAAACUGUAGUUUAAAUAUUGAAAAAAAAAUUGUUUUCAUCUUUUUACCUUUCUUAAAGCUUUUUCUGAAAUUUAAAUACAGUUUUUUAAUGCUAAUUAAAAUUUUCCUACAAAUAUUGCCUACUUAAUAAAAUAUCUUUUAGUUUCAGACACAUUUUUAAGCAUUAUAUUUGAAGGCAUCAAUUUUAAUAAUUCUAAAUUUUAUCUUUUCUAUUUAUUCCAUAAUUUUUUUUUAUUUUUUUUUAAUCUUGGUCUUAUUAUAACUAAGUAUUUUUUAGCCUGGUACAUCCUAAAUUUAGUGAGGGAAUUUAAAAGGGCCUUAAACAUAUUAAUCUUGAUUUAAUUAGUAAUUCCUCCUGUUUCAGACCUAAAGAAAUGAAUUUUUUUUUAAUCAGUUUGUAUUCUUUCUAAUUUUGCAUUAUUACAUGAUGUAUUUGUUUCAUAUUGUAUUGAUACUAAUUAAACAAAUUAUUGCCUGUAAAAUGAGUUGAAUAUUUUAGUUUUUCUACUAUUUUUCUAUUGCUAUUUUUUCGCUAUAUUUUUUGUGCUCUUCAGAUGUUUUACAAAAUUUAAAGUUUUCUUAUUUGUUUGUUUUUAAUGCAGAGCAGAUCUGCAGUUUAAUGUCAAA